UCCCCUUCUCAUAUAUCUUCUCCCUCUUUUGUCUUCUUUCCUGUCCUUGUCUUCUAGGGGUAUAACUUUCAUGAACCAAGAUACCUAAUCAGAUCAUGUUUUUUACACGUUUUGGAGCACGGUUUGUCAGUCAUGUUGUGAUUUUCUCUCUUGUUUUCGGCAACACUGGUCCUGAGUUUUAUUAUUUUGUACUUUUAUGGAAUAGGAAUUCGAUCCUUGCUUUUCAUUACUCUGCUAUACUGUUAAAGUGUGAUGUAGAUCUAUAUCCAAGCUGUCUAAUAGAGAACAGGGCAUAUAAGUCGUUUGUAGGGGUACAAGUGGCCCGAAACUGAUGCCAUUUAGUUUUCCUAUGCCAUAGGACCAGUUGGCUGUUUUCAUUACUAGCAAGAGAAGG